CGCGGCUCGCGGUUAAUUGACUCAUCACUCGUCCUGCCUAUCUUGUGGCCGCCGACUGUGGGUGGGAUCAAACGGAUCAAGCUUCUGGAUCCGAUCGGGACGUUUUGCUUGAGUCGGGAGUGGAUUCAAGAGUAUCGUUUGUGAAAGUUGUCCAGCGUUGUUCUGGAAAAGUGCGAAUCUGAUCAAGUUUCCCUCUUGUGUUCGACUUCAACCAAAACCACUAAUUAAUAAUGGAGGAUGAGGAGCAGCGGCUGGCCAUCAUGCGCAAAGCAUUCCAGAUGUUCGACACCACCAAGUCGGGCUUCAUCGAGACCAUCAAAAUUUCCACCAUCUUGAAUACGCUGGGGCAGCAGUUCGACGAGGGUGAACUGCAGGCGAUGAUCGACGAGGAAGAUCCGGAGGACACCGGAAAGGUGAACUUCGACGGAUUCGCCAGCAUUGCCGCCAACUUCCUGAUAGAGGAGGAGGAUGCCGAAGCGAUGGAAAAGGAACUCAAGGAAGCCUUCCGGUUGUACGAUCGGGAGGGCAACGGUUAUAUCACUACUAGCACAUUGAAGGAAAUUCUGGCCGCUCUGGACGAUAAGCUGUCGAACGAUGACUUGGACGGAAUCAUCACCGAAAUCGAUCAGGACGGAUCCGGAACUGUUGAUUUCGAUGAAUUCAUGGAGAUGAUGACCGGUGAAUAAAUCCAGUCGAUACGGGUCAGUUCAACUGUAGCAUGGAUUAACUCUGAAAUGAAUAGAAAACACCAACAAAAACCGACAUAGCGAAUGUAGAAUGUUCCCGCUUAUCUUAGAUUUUUUUUUUUGGGUAACAUGACUUCAGAAAAGGAUUUCGUUCAAUCCAGGCACAUUCAGAUUUAUUUUUUUCACAUCCAAUCGUCUUGCGAUCGAAAACAAAUAUCCGUUUUUUUUAUUUUUUGGGACAUGUGGAGUCUAGCAAAAGGUAAAAUAAACCUGUGAAAGCCUUCGGUAAACUGAGUAGCACACGUUUCAAGUGAAUUAAAUUCUACAAACUCAAUCCCUGGUUAGGUAUUGCCUUUUGCUUCCAACUGCUUCUAGUUUUAUAUUUCACCUUUAUACCCACCCCAAAAGUAUGCGCCUUCAAGUAUGCAAAGCCCCUUCUGAACCAAAAGUUUUCAUUUCUAUCAAAUUCGCCCACCCAACUCAAGCAUCGUCGUGCUACAAAGUUCAAAAAGCCAUUGCCAAAUUGAUUUCGAUUUGAUUUCAAUUCAUCCUAUUUUCCCCAAUCCAUAAGCGAUCGGUAAAGGUUUCGGAUUUUUUUUUGGUUCUUUUCGUACCGUUGUUGUUGCUUGCUGGUUGAUGUUAAAUGAUAUUAUCAUUGCCCUGCAGCGAUUUAAGUUCAUGUCAUGGGUUUUCUUCUAGAGCUAGGUUUUUUUUCUCUAAAUUUCCCUCGGCUGUAUGUCUCUCUCUCCGAACUCUCAGACAGGUAUGUUCUCGAAACGAAUGUAGGGAUCUGGCAGUCUAGCACUCAAAUCAUCCAACCAUACACCACACUCUUCAAAUGUAGAUAUGAUAUAAGAAGUGAUCUGAUGUAAUAUUAAUACCGAAAUAAAA